GGCCUCUUUUUACCUCUGCCUUCAAGCUGUUCAGCCAUGGAGUGACGCUGGCCCGGUGCUGUUGGGUCUGCACUUUACCUCAGGCUAUAAGCCUAUUCUUAAUAAGAGGGAAUAAAAUUUGGGGAAAAUGGUGAGAUUUGGCUGUGUCACCUGCACCUCUAAUCAUGAAUAGCAAAGAAGAGGCAGGGCUCAUGUUUAAUGCAGCUUUGGAGGGAGGAACUGCUUAUGUAACUAGGACAACAGCUUUAGUGGGAGGAGAGCAGAGACAGGCUGGGAAUGGGAGCAGUGAGCUGUCGGCAGGGGCAACAUGCCCGGGUGGCUGCUCCUCACAAGGUAGGCCUCUGGGUUCUGGGAAUCUGACGAAGGUGAAGGAAGUAUGGAUUUAGUCUGGGAAAUGACUGGAGAGUUGUAGUGCUCCCUGUUGGGAAUGGGGGUGGCUAUUCUGUGAAAGCAUCCCAGCCUCAUACUGAGAGGUACAGGCUACAUAUUUUUUAAGUCUCACGGAUAAUGUUUAAUGAUUGCUGAAUUGUGUCCUGCAAAUUUAGGUCUUGGCCCAAAGCAGGGAUAACGGCAAUUUUGCCUUGUGUUUCAAAGGUGCCUCUAGGGCUGGGAUGUAGGGGAGGGGGAGUGAGUGAGUGCUAAAAUGGGCAGAACUUGGCAGUGCCUCUGGGACAGGUGGUUUAGUGGUUCCCUUGGUUCUCAGCAGGAUGGCAACAUCCAGGGUCCCUGGACCCGAGGCUGGAAGAGCCUCUGGUCAGGUGUGGGGACCAGCAGGUCAGGUGUGGAAGAGCUGUGGGGACCAAAGCAGCAUCAGUGCAUAUACGAGAAGUCCCUGGAGCCAGCCACAAUGCCAGUAGAGAAGCCUCUGUCUGAGUGGCCCAUGCCUCAGUCCAUCACUCUUUUUCUGCCUGAGUUCCCCAUUAGACCUCUUAAUGGGCAACAGCAAUUAAAGAUUUUAGGCCUUGUGGCCAAAGGCUCAUUUGGAACUGUCCUCAAGGUGCUAGAUUGUGGCCAGAAAGCGGUAUUUGCAUUGAAGGUGGUGUCCAAGGUAAAGGUGCUACAGAGGGAUACCCUGAGGCAGUGCAAAGAAGAAGUUAGCAUUCAGCGACAGAUCAACCAUCCUUUUGUACACACUUUGGGUGACAGCUGGCAGGGAAAACGACACCUCUUCAUUUUGUGCAGCUACUGUAGCAGAGACCUAUAUUCCCUCUGGUCCACUGUCGGCUGCUUUGCUGAGGCUUCCAUCUCUCUCUUUGCUGCUGAGCUGGUCCUGGUGCUAUGCUAUCUUCAUGACUUGGGCAUCAUCCAUCGAGAUGUGAAGAUGGAGAAUAUCCUUCUGGAUGAACGAGGUAAGUCCUUUUUCUUUCCUAACCCCAAGAUGAAAAGCACCUGGAUUUCAGCACACAUCAAGGCUGAAGGGUGGAAUAGAGUGGUGCCGCUCUUACCUUCUUUCAUAGGACAUCUGAAACUGACAGACUUUGGUCUGUCCCACUACCUGCCCCAGGGAGCCCGAGCCUACACUAUCUGUGGGACUCUUCAAUACAUGGCCCCAGAGGUCCUGAGAGGAGGGCCUUACAACCAUGCUGCUGAUUGGUGGUCCCUGGGUGUCUUGCUUUUCUCUUUGGCAACUGGAAAGUUCCCAGUGGCUGCAGAGAGAGACCAUGUGGCCAUGUUGGCAAGUGUGACCCACUGUGACUAUCAGAUCCCCGCAUCUCUUAACCAGGGCCUCUCACUCCUGCUCCAUGAGCUCUUAUGCCAGAACCCGUUCUGCCGUCCACGCUAUCUGCAUCAUUUCCAGGUCCACCCUUUCUUUCGGGGUGUGGCCUUUGACCCAGAGCUCCUACAGAAGCAGCCAAUGAACUUUCUUAUGGAAGCUGAAGCUACCCAGGCCAAUUCACUGGAAUCCAUGCCCUUCAAGGACUUUGACUGUGACCUGGAGUGCUUCCUGAUCCACCCCAGCCCUGUGUAAGUUGGGGCACAGCUGGGAACCUGAGGAUUUCCUCUACUGCCAACUCAGUGUGACCACCUUGAUGAGGUUGUUUGUUCUCUGUUGCUCCUUAUCCCUCUGCUGUUUCAGGCAUUGGACCUGAGUUCACACCUUGGGUAUUCUACUGGCAGCCAUAGCUGACCUUCCCUUAUCAUACACCUUACCUCUCAACUCAACAUGCUAGAUCACCGUAGUGACCUUUCUUUUGUUCUGUUUGUACAUCUCCUUGUUCUGCUGUUUCCUUUCUUCAGCAAGAAUGAUUAUUCAUGGGUUCCCAUAAUGCUAGUUAAAUGUUUAAUAGGCUUGCCCAAAGCAAGUGUGAAUGUUUUUCGUGGAUUUCAAAAGCUGGUAUUUCAACUCUAUUUAGGGGACUCAAUAAUGCAAUGAAAAAAUAUGGUCAGGGGCUCCAGAUCAGUCUUUAGUAAAUUUAGUUUUUUAAAAAUUAAAAAGCAAAACUAAUAGCUUUAAGGAAGAAGAUGGUAAGAACUAAACCAAGAAUGGGUUAACGCUUUUCUAGGUGUAAUUGGAAAAGCCAUCAAUUUUUUUCUAGUAGCACUUCAAAAAACAUUAAUUUUUUACCCUGAUCAAUCUUUGAUGAACAAACCAAGGGGUGCUUCGUAGAGAGGCAUGGCAUCAAGCGUAAGACUUAAAGUUAAUUUCAAAAGAACCUUUUUAGUAGUGAAAAUUAUUUGGAUUGCAAAUUUGUGUUUAUACACUUAGCCUGUAUGACCUCUUUUCAUUUUCUUCAACUUCUUAAAGGCUUCAUUUUUGUUUUAUGAUUUUAAAGGCAAACAUGCUUUAACUUAGACUUUAUUAUUUAUUUAUUUUUACUUUAUUAUUUUUAAAUUAUAUCCAAUCUUUCUAGACUAAGAGUCUGUAUACUUGUGUUUAUCCUGUUCCUGGAUUAAGCCAGAUUUUCUCUGUACAUGGCUGGCAUUUUAUGUCUUUGCAGAAUGGCCUCUUUCUGAUUUAUACUUUGGCAUGAUGCCACCUGCUUUCAUUAAGAGGAUAUCAUGAGGAAAAUCCCUAUGAAACUUAAUUUUUGUGCAUACUGAAAUGAAUAAACGCUGGAUGUUUACCAUUGCAAUUCAGUGUUCUAUUUAGGAUGCAUGGGAGGAAUUUCCUGUUGGUCCUUGAAUUUUUUCUUAAGUGCUGUUUGUUCUUUACCUUAAUGACACUAAUAGCCUAUCAUUUUUUCCCCCUUUGUACUAAUGCCCAAUUUGUGGCCCAAGUCCAGAAUGUUAUACAUUUUGUAUGCUAGCUGCAUUAUCUACCUUCUCCCCCACGCCUCAUUUUUAAAGUUGUACCUGUGUAAGCCUGUUUAGAAUAAGGUUGGGACUAAACAAAUAAAAGGAUAUAUUCUUAAUUUUUUUAUUA